UAUUUUUAUACCAGGAGGCGUUAAUUGUCACCCAAACAUGUAUAUGCAAUUAAUAAUCUGUCGAGGCAACUAAAUGGAAAUGCAUUUCUUCCGACGUUAUAAAGCCACGAAUACUUAUCAUUUGCGAGAGUAUCUUUAACGAGAAGACUCGAAGUACCAAGAACUCGUCGCCUUUUUUCACCACCCUCAGUAUAGUUGUAAUUCUGAUUUGAAAUUAUAUGCGACAUGCGAGUAGACUGCCUUUAUGUUGUUUUAAGCACGUAUUGAAUAGUAAAAAAAGUGUGUUCUCAUUCCUUGGAAUACAUAAAUAAUUUAAAUAUAUCAUUGAGAUGUUUUAAUAUUGAAUAUGCAUUUUCUUUGGCAUUUCAAUUUGAUGACAUUACAACCCUGGUUAAGCACGAUACUUAUGUUACCAAUUAUACAAUGCUGUGACUAUGACGUAUUGACGUUCGACGAACCACCAAAAUAUGAUUUAGAUUCAAAGCACGUGACUACAGUAGAUCGGUAUGUGUAUGUACAAAAUAGAGAUGUAGAAACCAGAUGCAAUCUUAAUAUCAACAAAAUUUUAAACAGCUUUACUUUUCAUGAAGAAUCGUUUGUCGUUGGUCUUCUUACCUUUCAUUGCGAAAGGAAUGUCAAAAUAUCAUUCGAUAUUCAAAUACAGCCGUUUUUGUCAACUUUUGUAAUAAGCCAUAUAGAGUUUGGUUCGUGUAUUCUUAGUAUUACGGAUCUAGAUAUGUUGCUCUUAAAGUCGAAGGCUCGAGUUCUGCUAAUGCAUGGCGUGCAGCUCAUUACCGAUGCCCACACUAAUUGCUGUGAAGGUUUCAAUAAGCUUACAUCUUUAGCAAUGAUUGCUAUGGGUGAGGAUGAAAUGAACCUCAUAAAGAGAAUAUUUAUAUCUUCAGAUUCACUGAAAGAAAUUUUCAUUUUUGGAUGUACAGGAAUUGUGAAACAAUCACUCAUACAAGAAAAAUUCCCCAAACUGCAACUCUUAGAUUUGUCACAUUGUUCUGUAGAAGGAAUUUUAACAUUUCCAUGGACUUCCAGUAUAGCCUAUCUUCCUGAGAACCUUUCAGUGUCAGAAAAUUUCGUAAAUCAGGAUCCGAUUUAUCAACGUUUAAAAAUUCCAAAGACUAUAUUUCGUAGAGCGUUGAAAUUAGUAAAAAAUGGAAUAGUUAUCCCUGAAGAAAUUCAACUGAGUGGUAACUUACACUUCGUUGAAAUUUCCGAUAAUCUUAUCAUUAAACUUACAUGGCAGAUGUUCAUAAAAGUGCACGGAAUGCAGUGUUUGAUAUUAAAAAGAAAUCAUAUAAUAGAAGUAGAGGAGUUGACUUUUGCAGGUCAAAGUGGGCUAUUGUAUUUAGAUAUUAGUUACAAUGAAAUAAGAACACUACCUCCUCAUAUUUUUGAUGCUCUGCCAGACCUAAUUGAUUUAAAUCUAAGUCAUAACAAAUUGCACAGGCUUCCAAAUGAGAUAUUUAUUCGUCUCAACCGUUUAGAAAGGCUCGAUAUGGACAAUAACUUAAUUAAAACAGUAAGCAAUACUAUUCUUCCAAUACAUAGUGUACAACUGAAAUCUGUUAGUUUCAAUAAUAAUCCACUGCAAGAUUUUCCUGUUUCGAUACUGUAUAUCAGAAGUUUGGAAAAGGCAGAAUUACGAUAUACUAAUUUGUCGUUUAGCAAUUUGGACACCAUUCUGAGACGUGUUGAUCGUUUAUUGCUGAUAAGAAGUAUUAUACGGUCGACUAGUCCUCUUUUUGCUAACAUAUUUGAAACUACAAACACAUGGAGAAAUUUAGAUCUAACGGGCAGUAAUAUUUCUGGAUUUUUCAUUCCCGAUGGUCUUGAUUCGACUUCUAAAGAGACAUUAUUGAUUAUCCUCAAACAUUUUAAAUUCAUUCUAUAUGAAAAUAAAUUUAUGUGUCUUUCUGAUAUUAUUCCCUUCAAUCAAUUAAUGAAAGGAUUCAAAGACCUUGGGCAUUGGAAUGGAGAAGAAUAUUUCUAUACAGAUUGGAUUUGUGGUCACCCGAAAGAGGUCAAUGGAAAGGCAGUCUUGACAAUCGAAGAAGAAGAUGUUUAUAAUGUUAUUUAUAGUAAUAACUGUCCGUCUGAUUGUAAAUGUUUCAGAUAUGCACAAAGCAAAGUAACAACCAUCGAUUGCCGAAAUAGAGGACUUUCUCAUCUCCCUAAAAGUGCUCCUUCAGGUAUGGUCGACCUAUGGUUGGAUUUGAAUAAUAUAACGACAUUAAAUUUUAAAAAAUAUUUCUUCUAUGUAAGACAACUAUGUAUGUCUGACAAUAUUUUGUCUGAAAUUGAUUCGGAUAUUUUUCGUAAAAUGCCGAACUUGAAAAUUUUAAAAUUAGAUAGAAAUCUAAUAUUUUAUAUUCCUAAAAGUUUACAAUCACUCACAUUAGACCAAUUAAAAUUUGACCACAACCCACUUAAAUGCGACUGUAAAACGCUUUGGCUGAAGAAAUGGAUGCUGAACAGAAUUUCGUCGAUUCAAAAUAUAACUGAAGUCACAUGUCAAAACGAAGAUGGCAAAAUUAAUCAGUUUAUAGCUAUUCCUGAUGACGAGUUUUCCUGUUUGCAAUGGUCAGCAUACAUAAAUAUCGCUAUCAUCAGUACAGUUAUAGCUACAAUACUCUUUGUAAUAUUUAUUUGUAUAUAAACGUAGAUUAAGAA